GUCAAAUAUCUGGUCAUUUUUUCCCCUAGGCGUAGUUUGAGCGGUGUCGUUAGAAAGUUACCAGGAAAGCGGAACUGGCGAGCUAGUUGUUCUAACCAGGAUACAGGAGAGCAACUACAACAUUUUAAACAAUGCCGCAGAAUAUUGAGCUCGGGGCCAAAAGCGGAGCCGGUAAACAGGACAGCAGCAACAUGGAGGACAUGACUGUGGAACAAAUGGCCGCUAGAGCCAACCAUGUGACUGAUGAGUCAUUGGAAAGCACAAGGAGGAUGCGGCAGAUGGCAGAGGAGAGCCAACAGACAGGCAACAAAACCAUGGAGAUGCUUGACCACCAACGAGAGCAAGUGAAGAAUGUGGACCGAGAUAUGGACCAGAUCAACCAAGACAUGAGAGAGGCUGAGAAAAACCUGACCGACCUGUCUAAGUGCUGCGGCCUCUGUGUCUGUCCUUGUGACAGGCUUUCGCUUUGGGAAAGAAGAUACUUUGAUUAUCAAGACAUCAGGGUGUCAUCCAUCGAGAAUGACUCACGCUACAAACGCACGUGGGGCACCAGCGAGGGGCAAGGUGACGGCAAAGACUCAAAAGCCGUCUCCAAGCAGCCUUCAGGUGUUCGCAACGGCCAAACCACCCAGACGAACGCCCCACCAUCAUCCGGCCCAUACAUCAAAAAGGUAACUAAUGAUGCAAGGGAGGAUGAAAUGGAGGAUAACCUUCAGGCAGUUGGCAGCAUCAUUGGUAACCUGAACGACAUGGCUGUGAAUAUGGGCAGCGAGAUUGACAAACAGAACCAACAUAUUGAUGACAUCACUAAAAAGGCGGACAUGAACAAACUGCGCGUCGAUGAAGCAAACAAGAGAGCCAACAAGCUCGUCAAAUAGACGAGGAUUCCUCCUGCUAGUCCCAUACAUCCACUUUGAGUCUUUUCUGCUUCAUACAUGCACAUUGUCUACGUCUGCACAGUCAGACACACACUCUGAGAUAAAAUAAGAACAAAUUGGAUCAUGAAGACAUUUUGCCAGCAGUGUGCCUUUGACACCAUCUACUACGCAUUGUAAAUAGCCAUGUUGGACUGUCUGAAGCAGUGUGGGAAUCAGAAACAGGACUAAAGAGGACGUAACCGACUCCACAUCACUGCUGUUUGACACCAAACAUCCACCAGGCCCGUGGCAGCGUCUAAAUAACAUUCACAGUGAGGGAAGAUGCACAGGUCAGCUGGCUUCCCUACCAUUUUCGUCCUCAGAUUUGCUGUUAUGAUAUGAAUAACCGAGGUCACUGAUCCACACUGAUAAGCUGUAAUUAACAAAAUCUAAAAUGAAAACAUCAACUUAAUUAAAAUUAGAUGCUCAAAUCCCA